AUAACAAAAAUGUUCGAAUUAACAGAUACUCAAAAAAUCGGUGUGGGGUUGUCUACGUUCGGCAUAUUUUUUAUCUUUCUAGGUAUCCUACUUUUGCUCGAUAGAAGUUUGUUAGCUUUAGGAAAUAUAUUAUUCAUAUCAGGUUUAGUGGCUAUAAUAGGUAGACAAAGGACAUUUUUGUUUUUCUUUCAAAGGCAUAAAUUGAAAAGGUCGCUAGCAUUUUUUGGAGGAAUACUACUAGUAUUAUUAAAAUGGCCUCUAAUAGGCAUGUUGCUCGAACUGUAUGGGUUCUUUUUAUUAUUUAGUGAUUUUUUUCCCGUUGCCAUAAAUUUUUUAAGAAGAAUACCAAUUUUGGGUACUAUCCUAAAUUUUCCUGGAAUAAGUUCAAUAAUUGAUAGGAUAACUGGAGAUGCAAAUAGGACCAGGGUGUAA